ACUAUUCGUGUGUGGGGUAUGGGGACUGGCGAGCCAUUGGGCGCCCCCCUCGAAGGCCACACUGGCUGGGUUAAUGCUGUUAUGAUCUCCUCAGACGGUAAUCGCAUCGUGUCCGGCUCGGAUGACCAGACCGUCCGGGUGUGGGACAUGCAGACUGGCAAGGCAGUGGGUGCCCCUUUCCGAGGGCACACCGGACCUGUUAGGUCUGUCGCAAUCUCGCCUGAUGGCAAACGCAUUGUGUCGGGCUCAGCCGACAAGACCAUUCGGGUGUGGGACCUCGAAUUUCUAAUCCAGCAUCAAUACUUCGAAGCACCUGUGAUAUGUUUCUCGCCCGACCUGACCCAUGCCCUUCAUUCCACCUCCUCCUUUAUCCAAGAUUCUAACACCCCAGCCCCUUCCGGCCCGAAUGAGGAGGGUUGGGUUGUAGGUCCUGAAGGACGACUUCUCCUCUGGAUCCCACCCGUGUUCCACCCAGUGACGUAUGCGCAGGGCAACGUGUUGGUGAUACCCAAUAAUGCCUUACAGCUAGACUUGAGCCGUGUCGUACACGGCACCUCAUGGCACAUGUGUCGGGAACAGUAAUCUAUGCACUUCCUAUAGAUUUCAUACAAUACUCAUUUACCUCUGCACUUCAUUCGGUCCGUUCUGCUACAGUUAAUGGGCUCACUCUCGCAAAACAGUAUAGGGCUGCGCGGCAAUUUCAUUCGCUACGUUUACAUACUCUCCUUCCGUCGCUGCUAUCCCGUUUAUUUCCUGCAGGAUAAACUGUGCAAAUUGAAACUCAAUGUGAACUUAACCCACCAUUCGACAAGGGUCACUGCCUCAUACUGCAUCUUCCUCUCCUAGUCAGGCUCCAUUGCCUCCUGAUCAGAUCUAAAUAGAUGGCACACUUCGCUUACGAUGCGCGAUC